AUGUCAAAGUCUGAAGAUUUUAUUAUGGAAUAUACCUCGGAAAAUGUCACUGGAGUUGACAACGAGUUCAGUCUCAGUUCCGAAGAUGAAUACGUCGCGCUAACAAGACUUGCACGGUUCAUCAAAUCAGCAAAUCAGAAACUAGAGAAAUUGGAGUCCGUGCUUCCUUCAACUUCUGUCGCUACGACGACAAGUUUGCCCAGACAAGGGUUUAACAAGUUAAGACAAAGAGGCCGUAAAUUUUUGAGAUGGAACAACAAGCCUGUCGAGGCUGAGAAAGAGGUUUCAUAUCAAGAUUUCAUCAACAAUCCAGACGCACCAGCGUUUUAUAGGUUUUUGAAACGUACCACGGAAGAGUUAACAGCUGUUUUGCCUGAGAAUGACACUGAAACUAUGAUUGCUGAAGAGUUCGAAAGAAGUUUGAACAGGUCUUCAAUCACUUCUCCGUUGUUAAAAUUCUCACAGAUUUACGAUGAUCAUUUCACUUCGUUUGCUUCUAGCUCUACGACUCUUCACUCCUCGACAAAGGAUUCUACCAGAUCAUCAUCACAAACUUCAUCGAAAAUGCCUCGGUUUGACGAUAGCAUAAGUCAUAGUGCUCUUUCGUCUUCACACUCUAACAGUUCAGAUGAUAACUGUCAAGACAACUCUCGCUACGAUUCACAUAACGUCUCCUCGUUCUCAAUCAACAAAUUAAAGCUGGACCGUAGUGAAAUGUGUGAACUGGAAACUAUCGACGAUAAAUGCGUCGACAUUGAUACCCAACAAGUGAUCCAAACGCUAGAUUUCCUCGACGAACAUCUCGACUUGUUCAUUGAAGAUCCUCACUCAAUUAAGAAAACAAUACAGUUCUAUAACUGGGAUAACGCAUGCGAUCUAGGUCGCCAAAGGCAUUUGCAUUUCUACGAAUUACCAUUCCCAUGGAGAGAAAACAGGUACAUCAUCCACGGUUACCGAUUUUAUGAUUCUCAUGUAAAAUCUGUAUUAUCGGUCGUCAACUGGUAUGGCUGGCAUAAUGAAACACUAAACAUUUGGUCCCAUUUGUUCGGUGCAGUUUAUUUAGCAUACCUUUUGUUCAUCCAGUUACCAACCACUAAAGUAUUCAUGUCCCAAGAUGUACCUUUAUUUGGUAAACUCAUAAUCCAAGUUUUUUUGAUUGCAGGUGUAAAGUGUUUACUAUCAUCCUCUGUAUGGCAUACGCUUAAUGGGACUUGCUGUCUACCACUGAGAUGUAAAUUCGCAUGUAUUGAUUACACUGGCAUCACGGUGUUGAUCACGGCUUCCAUUCUAUCGACAGAGUUUGUGUCAGUUUAUAACCUUGCUACCCAAUCAUUAUCCACCUCAAUGACGGUAUAUAUGUCACUGUCGCUUUGCUUAGGUAUUUUCGGCUCCUUCAUGAACUGGUCCCCCAGAUUCGAUAGACCUGAAUCCAGGCCGUUCAGGAUUGCCUUCUAUGUUCUAUUAGCUGGUCUAGGUAUGAUCUCGUUUCUCCAUCUCACGAUUAGUCGUGGUAUUGACCACUCAUCUCAAUUUUUCAAGCCUGUUUGGAACAGGUCGCUUAUCUGGUACCUAAUCGGAGUGGUAUUCUACGGUUCUUUCAUUCCUGAACGUUGGAGAACCGAUGUCGAAUUAGACUAUACCAUUCCAACAGACGCAGAACUAUGCUCGAAUUUGGAUAUUCUGACGAAACACAAACACGUCCACUUCAGAGCGGUCCCAUCGAAAAGCUCCAGAACCGGGUUUUUCUCUUUAUGGUGGGUCGACUAUUUCUUAUCAUCACAUACUUUGUGGCACUUCUUCGUCCUUUUGGGUGUGAUUGGACAUUAUAAUGCAUUGCUCGACAUGUUCGAAACCAAAUGGCAAUUAUGA